AAACCAUUAGUGUAAUCUUUCUGAUUACUUAAAGAGUGGAUUAGAAGAAGAUGCUGGGACUUUCAAACAUGCCAUUUUCAUCACGAGGCCUUUUGCUUCUCUCAGAACUCAGAAGCUUUAAUAAGAUCAACUUUCUUGUGUCUGGACAAACAUAAAUUAAAAUCUGUGAUUGGCUUAGUGAUAAUCCUAGCUUUUUUUUUUUUUUUUUGUCAACCCAUUUUCCAUUAAAUGGAAACAUGUGCCCAAUGGGCAUUACAUUUACAAGUGAUAUCCUAGCUUACUCUACAGCCAGCAUAUUUUGGUUGGUAUAUAUGGAAUAUCUGUAUUUUUCUGAUAAAUUAAACAAUAUAAUAUUGAGGAAAAUUAAGAAUAUUUGUUUAUUUAUUGUAAAAUUCGAAAGUGUAUAUGUACUACGGGGUUCUUCUUCUUCUUCUGGGACAUCCCAGAAAAUGGACACAAGCCUAGUCUUGUCUCUCAAACUUAAUCAUUGCUUCAAUUCUCUCAACACUUGCACGCCAUGUUUGUUUUCUCCGCCGCUCCGUCUCUCCCCUUGCUACUCCCGCCGCUUCUAUUCUCCGGUCACUGUCAACGCCGCCAAGAAAACCUCUCAGAUUAUCCGCUCUGAACUCGAUGACAGAAUCAACGGCUCUGAUUCCCGCUUCCUCGACCGUCAAAAGGCUUUAGAGGCAGCUAUGAAUGACAUUAAUGGUUCGUUUGGUAAAGGAAGUGUAACCAGAUUAGGGAGUGCUGGUGGUGCACUAGUAGAGACUUUUCCGAGUGGUGUUUUGACGCUUGAUCUUGCAUUAGGUGGAGGUCUCCCAAAGGGUCGAAUAGUCGAGAUAUAUGGACCAGAGAGUAGUGGCAAGACCACGUUAGCACUCCAUGCAAUUGCUGAAGUUCAGAAGCUUGGAGGCAAUGCAAUGCUCGUUGAUGCAGAGCAUGCCUUUGAUCCAGCGUACUCCAAAGCAUUAGGUGUUGAUGUUGAAAACUUGAUAGUGUGCCAGCCUGAUAACGGCGAGAUGGCUUUAGAAAUUGCAGACCGUAUGUGUCGUUCGGGUGCGGUUGACCUUAUAUGUGUUGAUUCUGUUUCAGCACUUACUCCACGUGCCGAGAUUGAAGGUGAGAUUGGAAUGCAGCAAAUGGGGUUGCAAGCUCGUCUUAUGAGUCAAGCUCUUCGUAAAAUGUCGGGAAACGCCUCUAAAGCUGGAUGUACACUUAUUUUCCUUAACCAAAUCAGAUACAAGAUUGGUGUGUACUAUGGGAACCCAGAGGUGACUAGUGGAGGAAUUGCGUUGAAGUUCUUUGCGUCCGUCCGGCUAGAAAUUCGUUCUGCUGGGAAGAUCAAAUCUAGCAAAGGAGAUGAAGAUAUUGGUCUACGGGCUCGUGUAAGGGUACAGAAGAGCAAGGUUUCGAGACCGUAUAAGCAAGCAGAGUUUGAGAUUAUGUUUGGGGAAGGAGUCAGUAAACUGGGAUGUGUUCUUGAUUGCGCUGAAAUCAUGGAGGUUGUAGUCAAGAAAGGUUCUUGGUACAGCUACGAAGACCAAAGACUCGGUCAAGGAAGAGAGAAAGCACUGCAGCAUUUAAAGGAAAACCCUUCUCUUCAAGACGAAAUUGAGAAGAGAGUAAGAUUGUUGAUGUUAGAUGGAGAUGUCCAUAAAUCAACCCCUUUGCUUAGCAGCAGCUCCUCUUCUGUUUCACAUCAUGAAGAAGAAGAUGACAACUCGCUUGAUGAAUUUCAAUGACUAAUCCAUCUUAAAUGUUCCAAUCAGCAAACAUAAUGUUCUCCUCUAGUUUCAAGGAUCAUCAUUCAAAACUCCAUUUGUUUCAGUCUAUAAACAUGUUCUUAUAGAUUCAAAGUAUGUUCUUAGCUU